GUGGGGCCCAGAAGGAAGCCGGGCGGGAAGAGGUGGAGGAAGGGCCCCGACGAAGCCCGAGGGUUGUAAGUCCCAGGAAAACCACAGUGAUGAAGGCAGAGAAGACACAGCAUCUUCUGCCAGGAAAGAGGAAGGUGGGACAGAAAAAGAAAUCAACGAAGCAUCCAAAGCCACAAACGAAACAAGAGGCAGAUGAACAUGAGCUGAAAAAACAUGAACUAGAGGAGGAAAAACGAGCGGGGCAGGAGGAGGAGGAGAAGGAAGAAGAUCAAGAGCUUUCUCCAGAGCAGAAGAGGAUCCUGGAAAGAAAACUGAAGAAGGAGCGUAACAAGGCGCAGAAGAAAUUAAUGCGAGAAGCAGGGUUUGUGGCCAAGAAGAAAGAACCUAAGAAGCUGUCAGGGGCAGAGUUGGCACUGGACUACUUAACUACAUGGUCUGAGAGUCCCCAAGGCUGGAAAUUUCAAAAGACGAGGCAAACGUGGCUUCUUCUGCACAUGUAUGACAAAGACCAGGUCCCCGAUCAAUAUUUUUCCAUCUUGCUGCGGUAUCUUGAAGGACUUCAAGGCAGUGCCCGGGACACAACAGUGCAGAAAGCGGAAAUUCUCAUGAAGGAGUAUGACAAUUCAGAAAUGGAAAACGAUCUCCUGGAAGAGAAAUGUGAGCGUAUCCGGAAGGUUUUGCAGUUGCUAUCGUGAAAAAAAUUACCUUGUUCAGAUUUCCUAGAUCCUUACAUCUGCACAAAGUUACAAGAACUGAAUAUAAUUCCUAACCAUUCUUUAAAAUUCAAACUCUCGGUCAGAAGCAUGUUGUGGCUUUGAAAUCUCUUCCAGGGUUGCAAAGGAAGUGGAGGAAAUAGCUAAAUAAACCAAUAAACUGGCCAGUAUUAAAAACAA